AUGAGUCAGCUGAGGCUGCUGCCGUUCAGGUUGGGACCACAGGCCAUGAGGCUCCUGGCCACACGGGACAUCCCAGUGUUCAGUGGGCACAGGAUGUCCUCUGGGCCACCGACCACCGUUCCCAGCAGCAGAAGUGGAGUCAGCUCCAGUUACGUGGAGGAGAUGUACUUUGCCUGGCUGGAAAACCCACAGAGUGUUCACAAGUCCUGGGACAGCUUUUUCCAGAAAGCUAGUAAGGAAGCCUCUCUGGGUCCUGCUCAGCCACAGCCCUCUGCCGUCAUCCACGAGAUCAGGCCAUCAGUCUCAAGUUGCACCAAGACCAGCAAGCUGGUAGAAGACCACCUGGCAGUACAGUCCCUGAUCCGUGCCUACCAGAUCCGAGGCCACCAUGUGGCCCAGCUGGACCCCCUGGGCAUCCUGGAUGCAGACCUGGACUCCUUUGUGCCCUCAGACUUGAUAACAACCAUUGAUAAAUUGGCCUUCUACGACCUGCAGGAGGCUGAUCUGGAUAAAGAGUUCCAACUGCCAACCACGACUUUCAUUGGGGGCUCGGAGAACAUGCUCUCUCUGCGAGAGAUCAUUCGUCGCCUGGAGAGCACCUACUGCCAGCACAUUGGCCUGGAGUUCAUGUUUAUUAAUGAUGUGGAGCAGUGCCAGUGGAUCCGACAGAAAUUUGAGACUCCCGGUGUGAUGCAGUUUUCCAGCGAGGAGAAGCGGACCCUGCUGGCCAGGCUGGUGCGCUCCAUGAGGUUUGAAGACUUCCUGGCUAGGAAGUGGUCUUCAGAGAAGCGGUUUGGCCUAGAAGGCUGUGAGGUCAUGAUCCCUGCCCUUAAGACCAUUAUCGACAAAUCUAGUGAGAUGGGCAUUGAAAACGUCAUUCUGGGGAUGCCACACAGGGGCAGGCUAAAUGUGCUGGCCAACGUGAUCCGCAAGGACCUGGAGCAGAUCUUCUGUCAGUUUGAUCCCAAGCUGGAAGCAGCGGAUGAGGGCUCUGGUGAUGUCAAAUACCAUCUGGGCAUGUACCAUGAGAGGAUCAACCGUGUCACCAACAGGAACAUCACACUGUCACUGGUAGCUAACCCUUCCCAUCUGGAAGCUGUGGACCCUGUGGUACAGGGGAAGACUAAAGCAGAACAGUUCUACCGUGGGGAUGCCCAGGGUAGGAAGGUCAUGUCCAUCUUGGUCCAUGGGGAUGCUGCCUUCGCUGGCCAGGGUGUUGUCUAUGAGACCUUCCAUCUGAGUGACCUGCCUUCCUACACCACCAAUGGCACAGUACAUGUUGUGGUCAACAACCAGAUUGGCUUUACCACAGACCCCCGAAUGGCUCGCUCCUCGCCUUACCCCACUGACGUUGCACGGGUGGUCAAUGCACCCAUCUUCCACGUGAACGCAGAUGACCCGGAGGCCGUGAUCUACGUGUGCAGUGUGGCGGCUGAGUGGAGGAAUACCUUCAACAAAGAUGUUGUCGUGGACCUGGUCUGUUACCGCCGGCGUGGCCACAAUGAGAUGGACGAGCCCAUGUUCACACAGCCGCUCAUGUACAAGCAGAUCCACAAACAGGUACCCGUGUUGAAGAAGUACGCGGACAAGCUCAUUGCCGAGGGCACGGUCACUCUACAGGAGUUUGAGGAAGAAAUUGCCAAAUACGACCGGAUCUGUGAGGAGGCAUAUGGCAGGUCCAAGGAUAAAAAGAUCCUGCAUAUAAAGCACUGGCUAGACUCCCCCUGGCCUGGCUUCUUCAAUGUGGAUGGAGAGCCCAAGAGCAUGACAUGCCCAACCACAGGCAUCCCCGAGGACAUGCUGACCCACAUUGGCAAUGUGGCCAGCUCUGUGCCCCUGGAGGACUUUAAGAUCCACACAGGUCUCUCUCGCAUCCUGCGUGGCCGUGCAGACAUGACCAAGAAGCGCUCAGUGGACUGGGCGUUGGCAGAGUACAUGGCCUUCGGUUCACUGCUAAAGGAGGGUAUCCACGUGCGGCUUAGUGGCCAGGAUGUGGAGAGGGGCACAUUCAGCCACCGGCACCAUGUUCUUCAUGACCAGGAAGUUGACCGGAGAACGUGUGUCCCUAUGAACCACCUGUGGCCUGACCAGGCCCCCUAUACUGUGUGUAAUAGCUCCCUCUCAGAGUAUGGAGUUCUAGGCUUUGAGCUGGGCUAUGCCAUGGCCAGCCCCAAUGCCCUGGUCCUCUGGGAAGCUCAAUUUGGUGACUUCCACAACACGGCCCAGUGCAUCAUUGACCAGUUCAUCAGCACUGGCCAGGCCAAGUGGGUGCGGCACAAUGGCAUCGUGCUCCUGCUGCCCCAUGGCAUGGAGGGCAUGGGUCCAGAGCACUCUUCAGCAAGGCCAGAGAGGUUCCUGCAGAUGAGUAAUGAUGACUCCGAUGCCUACCCGGUGUUCACUGAGGACUUCGAGGUGAGCCAGCUCUAUGACUGCAAUUGGAUUGUGGUGAACUGCUCCACACCAGCCAGCUACUUCCAUGUGCUGCGCCGACAGAUCCUGCUGCCCUUCCGCAAGCCACUCAUUGUGUUCACACCCAAGUCUCUGCUGAGGCACCCUGACGCCAAGUCCAGCUUUGACCAGAUGGUGUCCGGAACUAGCUUCCAGCGAGUGAUUCCAGAAGAUGGCCCUGCAGCACGGUCUCCUGGGCAGGUCCAGCGACUCAUCUUCUGCACAGGAAAGGUGUACUAUGACCUGGUAAAGGAGCGUAGCAGCCAGGGCAUGGAGGAGCAGGUGGCCAUCACACGCCUGGAGCAGAUCUCACCAUUCCCUUUUGACCUGAUCAUGCGGGAGGCAGAGAAGUACUCGGGUGCCGAGCUGGUGUGGUGUCAAGAGGAACAUAAGAACAUGGGCUACUACGACUACAUCAGUCCACGCUUCAUGACUCUGCUUGGCCGCUCCCGGCCCAUAUGGUAUGUCGGCCGGGACCCAGCAGCUGCACCAGCCACUGGAAACAAGAACGCUCACUUGGUGUCGCUGAGGAAGUUUCUGGAUACUGCCUUCAACCUGAAGGCCUUUGAGGGCAAAACAUUUUAG